CUCAAGUGUAAAGUAACCAAUUUGCUCUUCUAUGCUCUACAUCGUAACACACAAGUCUCACAGCUUUCCAAGAUGCACUUUCCAAGUGAUUAUUAAGGUCCAGGAAGAUUAAGAAUGCAGAAACUGUUUUAAUGGGAAUCACACUCCAACUCUAUUAUUUAUGCUCAUUGUAAAUUACGUUUAAGCAUCAGAUCCAAGAGCAGAAGUACAAGAGUCACUUUGAACAACAGGACUUAAAAAAGGUUUACACCACUGGCUGAGUUUAAUACAAGAGCAACAGAAGAUGAAAGACCGCCUUCAAGAGCUUAAAUUACGAGCAAAGGAGCUGCAAGUACUUGAAGAAAACAGCCAUGUUCCUACUAUUGUGGCAGAAGAACAUGGAGAACUGGAACAAGCAGCUGUUAUUUUUGAAAAGGAACCCAUAACAGAAAGGUAUCUGAAUGAAAUCCAGCGGGUUCACAAUGAUAUUAACAAUCUAGCAGCGGAUGUUCAGAAAUUUAGUCAGCAGCAAAAGAGCCUUGUGGCUUCUAUGAGAAGAUUCAGUAUGCUUAAAAAGGAAUGCAGUGCCACAAGAGAAAUAAAAAAUCAAGCAGAACAUAUUAGCAAGUGCUUGGAUGACUUGUCAAAAACAGUCAAGAAGGCAGAAAAAGAACAUGGCUCAUCAUCUGCCAUCGGAAGGGUUCUCACUUCUCAGAGGGCAGUCCUAUUUCGUCGCUUCCAAAACAUCAUGUUUCUGUACAAUGAUGCAAUAACAGCUAAACAAGAAAAAUGCAAAAGUUUCAUUGUUCGUCAGCUUGAAGUGGCUGGAAAAGAGGUAUCUGAGGAAGAAGUGAACAAUAUGGUUCAACAAGGGAAAUGGGAAAUCUUCAAUGAAAAUCUGCUCACUGAGGUCAAGAUCACUAAAGCUCAGUUAUCAGAGAUUGAACAAAGACACAAAGAACUGGUCAAUCUCGAGAACCAGAUGAAAGACUUAAAAGGCCUCUUCAUGCAAAUCUCUCUGUUGGUUGAAGAGCAAGGUGAAAUGAUCAACAACAUUGAAAUGGAAGUUGUUAAUACUCAGGACUAUGUUCAGACAUGCAGGGAAAAGUUCAGACUGGCAGCCAGGUAUCGAAAGAAAAAUCCUUGCAGAGCAAUAUGCUGUUGGUGCUUUCCCUGCUGCAAAUAAAAGGAUUUCUGGAUAAUUAAAUCUACUUUGCAAUAGCCCUGGUUGAGCAUGUAAUGAACAGGGACAGCCGUGAUGCAAGAGGGAAUAACUGCACUAAUAGCUGUAGGUGGAGAUACAGUUCUUCCUCUUUUAUUUUUAAAUGCCCUGUAUGCUUCAGAGUUGGCAGCAGAAAUGCACACAACUGAAGACAUGAAACUAAAUGAGUGAGAAAGAGGUCAUUGGCAAAGGUACAAGUAGUAUCAUCACUGCUUACCAUAUGGCAACUUUUUAAGAGGUAACUGAGGGUAGCUUUACCAUACUAAUGAAGAGUAAGAAUGCUAUCUUUCUAAAGUAUUAUUUCAUUAAAAAGGCAUAAGACAAUACUGGAUGUGACAUGAAGGAAUUUUGAUACCAGUGAUAUUCUUCGAAAACACGCAGCAAACAAGUGCUUGAAACAUAAGCAUUCACUGUGAUAUUUUAUUCACUUCCUCGGGAAAGAUUUUAUGUUCCUAACAAUUUUAUUUAGCAUCUUGAUGAAGGAAAACUGUAAACCUACUGAAAUGGAAACUAGCACAAUAUUAUCUGGAAGGUGUUCAACAAAUUAGCAAAACCUGUCAAAAAAAAAGGUUGACUGGCUUUUCAUAGGCAGUGGAGAAACAUUUGAAACUAUUUUUGAUGGUGGGAUUUGUUAAGAUCAUUUCAGAUUGUUCACUAAUAAGAACCAUUCAACAAUUAGACAGGAAGAGAGCAAACAGAGCAAAGCAUAAUUAAGUAAUUGCCUGUGGAACGCCAGUACAGGAUACUUUACUCACUUUUACCUCCAAAUAUGUCAGAACACAGUAUUCCUGGAAGACGCACAUCAAAUAUUCAGAACAUAAAAGCAGAGUGGAUAAAAAUCAAUGAUUUAAAAAAAAUUAAAUGGAUUUUUAAAAUUGAAAUCAGAUUUUGGUUUAAUUUUUUUAAAUAAAAUGCUUUUUGAGGAAAAAA